CCCCGCCGUACCGAGCCGCGGCGGAGGCGAGCGGAGCCGGCGCGGCCCCGCGGAGGGCGACGGUACGGCGGGGCAUGGGGCCCGGCGGGCGGCGGGCAGGAGCGGGGCUCUCGGCGUCAGAGUGAGCGCGGGAGGCGCCGGCGGAGCGCUGCCCGUCCCCCCGUCCUCCCCCGCCGCCGCCGCCGCCACAGCCCCCGGGGGAGAGACCUUGCGCGGUGCCGCCCGGCCCGGCCCGGCUCGGAUGCCGCCAUGGGGAGCCGCUUCUCCAGCAUCCCGGCGCUGCCCCGCGGCGGCCAGGGCCGCCUGCACCGCGCCCGCCACCACCACCUCAAAGAUUCCAUAGGUGGGUCGUUUUCAGCUUCCUCCCACCGAUGCCACCACAAGCAGAAGCACUGUCUCCCCAUCCCACAGUGUGGAGCUCUGUCCAUCAGCCCUCUGCUUUUCCAUCCUCACACGAAGGGAUCCCAGAUCAUCAUGGACACGACACAGAAGGCAGUGAAGCGCCAGGCUAGUUUCUGCAAUGCCAUUACCUUCAGCAACAGGCCCAUUGUUAUUUAUGAGCAAGUCAGGCUUAAGAUCACUAAAAAGCAGUGUUGCUGGAGUGGGGCUCUUCGACUCGGGUUUACUUCCAAGGAUCCAUCAAGGAUUAACCCUGACACUCUGCCGAAGUACGCAUGCCCUGACUUGGUUUCCCAGAGCGGUUUUUGGGCCAAGGCUCUGCCAGAAGAGUUUGCGAAUGAGGGAAACAUCAUAGCCUUCUGGGUGGACAAGAAGGGACGGGUUUUCUAUCGGGUGAACGACUCUGCUGCGAUGCUCUUCUUCAGCGGGGUGAGGACGGCAGAGCCCCUCUGGGCUUUGAUCGACGUCUACGGACUCACCCGUGGAGUGCAGCUCUUAGACAGUGAAAUCAUUCCUCCCGACUGCCUGCGGCCCCGUUCCUUCACAGCCAUCCGUCGGCCCUCGCUGCGGCGGGACACGGAGGACACGCGCCUCUCGGUCAGCUUGUGCGACCUCAACCUGCAAGAGGAGACCUUCCACGUGACGGCUACCACGUGUCCCAUCCCGCAGAACUCCCUCAACUCCCAGCACUCCCACCUCCUCCCCUCCCAGCUGGAGAGCGACCUCCGCUUCCACCACCUCCGGGGACCCCACGUCAAAAUCCUUGACGACCAAACCGUGGCCCGCCUGGAGCACGCCCGGGAGGAGAGGACUUUGGUUUUCACCAGCAGACCCCUUCGGAUCAACGAAACCAUUUUUGUCAAAAUCAACAAGUCCAACGCUGUGCGCACAGGGACGCUGGCCUACGGGGUGACGUCCUGCGACCCCAGCACCUUGCGCCCCAGCGACCUCCCCUAUAACCCUGAGUCCUUGGUCGACCGAAAGGAGUUCUGGGCCAUCUGCCGAGUCGUGGUGCCUCUCCAGAGCGGAGACAUCCUGGGAUUUAUGGUGAAUUCGGAUGGUGAGCUGCACUUGAGUCACAAUGGUGCUGGCACUGGCAUGCAGGUCUGCGUGGACUGUUCCCAGCCCCUCUGGAUGUUCUUCGUUUUACACGGCGCGGUCAUGCAAGUUCGAUUGUUGGGUUCCACCAUAUUAGCUGAGCGGCUGGGACUGUCCACACCUAGCUCGCCCACAUCGACACCCAAUUCCCCCACCGUCCUCUGCAGCGGCGUCUCUGACCCCAUAUUGUCUACAUGUGGCUCUGGCCCCCUCUGCAGCUCUAUCAGUGGGACAGCUCCCAACUCUCCAAUCAGCUUGCCUGAGUCACCCAUCUCCCCGUCUGUCUCAGGACCCUGGGGAGAUGAAUGCACCAUCUGCUACGAGAACAUGGUAGACACGGUCAUUUACUCCUGUGGACACAUGUGUCUCUGCUAUUCGUGUGGGCUGAAGCUCAAGAAGAUGGCCAACGCUUGCUGCCCCAUUUGCAGACGGGCCAUCAAAGAUAUCAUCAAAACAUACCGCAGCACUUAGAGCAGCAGAUGCUGUGGUGGGGACUGGGCAGGUGGGGAGGAGGUGAAACCACAUAGGUCUUGGCCUCUAUUCAUCAUCCAGGAGAUUCAAAAACCAUCACCACCCACCACCCUGAUCCCCUCUUCCAUGGACAACAGAUGAGAUAAGCUUACAUGCUGCUCUUCUACCCUCCAAGCAAGCCCUGGGGCUGAACUCCAGUGUGUCAGGGAAGUUGCGAUGGACUAAUCUCCCUUGUGGAUUUUAAACUUUAUCUCAAAAAAACCCCAGCUGGUGCAAUCAUCCCUUUUCUACACCAUGCACAGCGGAGGGGAGUCUCCAACGUUUAGCAGGGGCAGCAAGUGGUAAAAGGUUCAGUGCUACACAUCUCCUUCCAGAGACACCCCAUGUGCAGAGGACAGCUUAGCAGAAGAGGAGAAACAAGCGACAUGUUUCCAUGUACAACCAGCCUGACUGUGGGAAGCCCCUUAGAAAGGACAGAGCGAGGCAAGCUUUGACCCAGCGAGGGAGGUGCAGUGAGCACAUUCACAGCGGAAAGGCUGGGUCCAGUGCAGAAAAGGACCCAGGAUUUGCAAAGCAACACCUGCCCCAUGUCCGCAGGCAGAAGAGCGGCCCCGUGGCAGCCCCUUGAGGGCUGUCCUCCACUCCUCCCUCGCUGUUCCCUGGCAGAGGCAUUCAUGGCGAGUUUGGCAGCCAACAGUGGCACUGGCCUUGCCCCCUCUCAGUGGCAUCCAGCCGUCUCCUGUUGCCAUCCCGUUGCAUGACGAGCGGCUCUCAAACCCCACCACUACCGAUUUGCGUGUCGUCUCCACGCAGCACAAGGGAUUCAGCAGCAUCUCUGUCCCCACGGGCCUGUGGGAGAGGGAGAUGUGUCUCCCUCACCUUUCCUCCCCCUACCAUCCAGACAGCACUUGUGAGGAAAAAAUAAAAGAAAAAAAAGAAACAAAACCCCUAACCCCAACGGGGAAGAAUGUAUAAACCCACAUGUCUGCGGGUUUCAUUUACUGGUAACUUUAUCACUGUGCUUUAAGACAAAACCAGCCAGGUGGUACUGAGCCCUUCACAGCCAGCCCGCUGGCAGGAUGUGGCUGUCCUUACAUGUUAGGAAGAAAGGAGAGAAAAAAAAAUAGCCUGAGGGGUUUAGUUUGCUUUGGUUUAUUCAAAUAAAUCCCCUUCCCUCCAGCCCCAGUUGGGAGCCCUGCUGUCCCCAUGGUGGGUGCCUGCAAUGGCCGCCCCUGUGGUUGCCAUGACAACCGCCACUCCGCCAUGGCCCCUGGCCUGUCCAGGGCUGCCGGCCCCUGGGCCCAGGCAUGGUGGCUCCGCAGCAGCAGGAGCUGUCGGUCUGCCCCCCAGCCUGCUGCCUUUCAGGGCUGUGCGGGAGGUAGAGAUGGUGCCUGGGCCCCGAGGGGUGAUCAGGGCUGGAGUGCAGCAGCAGUGGCAUUCACCCUGCCGUGUUGCCCACCAGGCCAGGCUGGGGAAGGCCAUGAAGUCGCGCCCCUCCUGCCGAGCCUUUUCCUGUACCCCGGCAUAUGGCCGCUGAUAGGACGCAGGGGAACAGCAUGGCAUAGGGAUAAAGGCAUUUAAUAUACACAGCCGCCCGCUGCAGGGGUUAUCGUACCCCCCAGGCAGCAGGUGGGUGAAGAAGCACUUGCAGAGGCUGCUCUCAAGAGCACCUGGAAAACAUGUCCUCGCCCUGUCCUCUCGAGGAAAUGAAAAAAGAGGCUACUAGUUGGAGACCGCAUUGUAGAGCCUUUCUCUAAAGGCACCACCAUCACUGCAGCCUACCACGGGGGUCUGCGGCUACCCCCGGCCCGCCCCGGUGGGCAGUACUAACUUGAACACUGAUAUUCUGGUUACAGGGAUUUACGUUGUUUCUUUGCAUACCUCUCGUGUAUACCCCUAACCCAGCCCUGCCCUGUCCUGCACUCCAGGCUGGCUGUUGAAAGCCCCGGGGCAUCAUGGCUCCCAUGCCCAGGCAUCCUCACCGCAGAGUGGGAGGAGGCCGGGUUGGCACGAGUCUGGGGGAAGUCACAGCAGCCAUGCCAGAAGCAUGGCCGGUCCGCAGGCAUGCAGCCAGCCUCCAGCUUGCCUGAGGACAGAGCCGGGACCGGCAGACGCAGGGAGCCUGUUUCAGUAGUUAUACAAACUCCAGUGCAAAGAACUCCAAGGGGUAGGAAGGUGUCAAUAAAAUAGUGGAUGUGGGGAACCGUGCAAUAAGCAGCCUCCCGAGCCUUCACCACAACAGUGGGACCGGUUCCCCUCCAUGCAGGGCAAGCCAAGGGGUACAUUUUAUUUUUCAAGAAAUUCCAUCCAUGGGUACCAGUGCAGUGGUGUGAAUUCCCUCUUCACCUUUUAAAUUCAGAGUGUUUUAAUAUAUAACUGUGUUUGUUUUACUGUGGACCAAACUCUAAGAGUUAGCAGAAGCUGAAAGCUCCCCCAGCAUCCGAGCUCAAAAAUUGGGGUUAAGUCCUGCUCCUGGCAUCAGCUGGCCUCCAGCUGUGAACAGGGAGGAGGAGAGCAAGGGUCUCUCCAGGGAGAAAAAAAGAAAAAACCAGCAAAAGCAGUAACAGUAACAACAAUCCUAACCUUUUGUUUUGUUUGGUGUAGGUUCCCACGUACCUCCCCUCCGUGUUCUUGUGUCAUUUGCAUUUCAUUGCUUUACUUUAAGAUGUUUUGUGUUCUGUUUAAAGAGAAGAAUAACUCAUUGUGAAAAAUUGGAUAACUGUGAUUGUGAAUAAAGUUAAUUUAGCUAUCCUGCA